UUUUUCUUUUUUUUUUUUUAUUCUUUUUCAAUUCAAUGAAUAUCAUAAGUCAAUACAAAAAAGCUCCUUUUUAUACACGUAUCGUCCAGUUUGGAUGUGAAAAUUGUGGUCGACGAUGGAAGAGUGCAAGUGGAAGUUUAGUUGAUUUCCAAAUCUGUAAAGGCUGUUAUGGACAAGUCUAUCCUGGUGGGUACAAAUGGGAAGCACCCAAUAAGAGAGGUAAUCAAAACAAAGAAACAUACCUUCCUCAUGAUACUGAAUUAUGUGGAAAAUGUAUUCGAUUGGGUUAUUCAUGUAUGGAAGCAAUAAACAGUAUGCAAGACCAAGAAGAUACAAUCAUUGUCAAUAACACAGAAGGAGAAGUCAUGACUUUAUCAAAAUCAACAGAUAUAUUUGAUAAUAUUGUCACCAAGAUAGAUAAAAAGAAGAAAAGACAAAAUAAACAGGCCAAAAAGGCUGAAAGAGAAAAGGCAAAGCAAGCAUGGAUUCAAUUGAUGGAUAACCGAGAAGAAGACAUAGUUUAUCAAGUAGAGCAAUUACACAUAGCAAAAGAUGAGUCUGAUAAUAAUAAUGAACCAUUACAAACAACAAAAGAUGAAUCUAAUGGUAGCAAUGAACAAUCAAUUCAAACCAAAGAUGAACAAUAAAUAACAUAUAUAUAUAUUAAGCUUUUGACGUGUGAUUCUUUUGAUAAAUUUCAUUCAAACUACCUCUGCGAGCAUCAUUCACUAUUUUUAUGGAUUUAGGUAAUGGUGAGGAUUCUGAG